GUCCCUUUUAACCUCUACUAGGCUCUACUUUUAUUGCUCUCAUAUUUGAUUGAUUGAAAUCCUUAAGCUAGUUUAUAGUAAGAGUAGUGGAAUUUUGAAUAGCUAAUUAACCUAUCUUUUAAUCAAUGUUUGUUAGUUUGAUUGUCUGUUAAAUUUGACCUUUUCCUUUGAGUGACUUGCUGCUUUCCAACUCCAUGAGAGAAAUCCUUUGCCUUAAACAGGUUAUGUUUAGUUCACACACACUUUUGGAAGUUAUAAUUGAAGUAAUUUUGAUAGCAACUUUGAUCUUUUUCCAAAUACUUAGGUAGUCUUGUUAGAUAUCCAUUUGAGUUAAUCAACAUGCUUUCUUUUUUAAUUCACGCUUGAAUUGCUAGAGAGUAGCAAUAAGCUGGUUGGGGGUUGUGAUGAAAGCAUGAAAAUGUAUAUUUAAAGUGUGUUUAACCAUUAGCAUUUCGAGUAAAGUUAUUUUCUGUGAGUUAUGUUCAUUGUAUGGACUUUAUUUCUAUUUCUAGAAUAUUAGUCAUUGCAUAUUACGUCUACAGCAUUCUGAGGCCAUCAGGUGUGCCUCAAAUGGAAAGGUGCAGUCCCCUUGCACCUUUUGUGCCUUAUGUUAGUGUGUGCCUAUGCUUUGCCCUUGUGCGUUGCCUUUUGCCUAAAAGAACCCUUAAGUGUCUAGGUGUGCCUAGUGCAUUUAAAUCAUUGUGUGACAACAUGAUGAAAAUUUUGCACAAGCAAGUUUUCUGCAUAACUUUGUAUGAAGUUGUUCAUCAUCCUAAGGCUUAACUGAUUAGUUUCCUGAAUAGUAAAUGGGGAUGGAAUAGUAUUUCACUCUUGAUUGAACCAAUUGGAAUGUGGCUAUGAGUUCUUGCCCAUAUUUGAUGUAUGUUGAACGGUUUUUCCAUAACUUUUUAAGUCUUAAAUGUUGGAAUGAUUGUCCUUCUAUUUUAGAACUAUCCCUCUUUUUCUCCAACUUAUCUUAGAAUCUUUUUCAACCUUUGAAUUCUUAAAUGUUUGGUAUUGUAAAACCGAGAAAUUCUUGUAUCAGCUUAUCUUAGUAAUUUAGAAUCUUUAGAGCCACUUUGAUCAUGCUAUGUCUAUGUCUUUCAUUGCUAUUCAAUUCUCUGUUUUAACAUAGUAUUCACUUUCCUUUCCUGUAUUCAGCAAAUAGCAUAUGGUUGUUUAAUAUGGGAGGCGUGGUCUAGCACUGCAUUAGCCGAAAAGACAUGAAACAUCAAAUAGUUUGCAAAUUAUCUUGGAAGGGCCAGAGGGUUAGUUUGUUAUAAUGAAGGUUAAGGCAGGAUCGUUGAUGAUGGGUUGUGACUUGUGAGCCAUUUUCUAAAGACCUAUAGACGGAUUACAAUGGGCCAUUUUCAGAGAUUCUGUUGAGCUAUUGGCUUAAUGGAGAUGAUUUUUGCUUGAUGCGUGGAGCUCUAGAAAUCA